UCUACGACAGUGUACAUGAAUAUCCGGCCGGAUCCGCACACAGAGCCGCUGGCCUAUAAGCCCCCCAAGAAGUUCAUCGGCCAAGAUAGUCUUCCGCAUGGUUACGGCGAUAAACAGGGUGAUCUAAUAUGCACCCAUUGCAUGCAGCCUUACAAUGCAAACACCGGUCACACCAUGUCUCAGUUCUGCACCAAAGCUUGUGGAUGUUGUGGGACUAUGGACCAUCAAGGACGAUUUUGUCCGGCCCGUUAUGUGACUUGGAAGUUCUACAGUAAGAAUUUGCGUCGGUUUCCCCGGUCGGACGAAGGGGUCAAAUUCUGGCCGGAUCCCCAAACCCUCGUCAUCCUGAAAGCGGCCGGAUAUUCAUGGGCUACUGAUCUGACGGACGUGGCUGAUACCAAAGUGGCGGCACCAAAGCGGACGAUAGAGGAUGCUGGCCUUCCGGACACUCAUGAUGCUAAGCGGCAGCGGCCCGAGGACGACACAAUCAUGCGCCUUGAGACGAAACUCCAGGAGAAAGAGGAUGAGAAUGUGGCCCUUCGGUCUCAAUUGGCCGAUACUCAGGCUGAACUGGCCCUCAUCAAGAACAAGCUCCAGGCCAUCAAGGAAUUGGCCGAAAUUUAG